GUGAGGGGCCUGCGGGCCGCCCGCCCGCCCGCCGCGCCGGCGCCAUGAAGAGGCAGAGCGAGCGAGACUCGAGCCCGAGCGGGCGCGGCUCGUCAUCGUCGGCCAAGCGGCCGCGGGAGCGCGAACGGGAGGCGGAGGCGGGCGGGCGGCGGGCGGCGCACAAGGCCUCGGGCGGCGCCAAGCACCCCGUUCCAACGCGGGCCCGCGACAAACCCCGCGGUAGCGGGGGCGGCGGCGGUGGACAUCGCGACGGCCGCGGCGCCGGGGACGCGAAUCACCGUGCGAGCAGCGGCCGCUCCUCAGGAUCGGGCGCCGGCGGCGGGGGACGCGGUGCCAAGGCCUCGGGGGACCCGGGCGCUUCGGGCGCUUCGCCCCGCGCGUCUCCACUACCGCCACCUCCGCCGCCGCCCGGGGCCGAGCCCGCGGGUCCCGGCUCAUCAGCAGCCGCACCCGAAUACAAGACGCUGCUCAUCAGCAGCCUGAGUCCCGCGCUGCCCGCCGAGCACCUCGAAGACCGGCUCUUCCACCAGUUCAAGCGCUUCGGCGAGAUUAGUCUGCGCCUGUCGCACACGCCUGAGCUGGGCCGCGUGGCCUACGUGAACUUCCGGCACCCGCAGGACGCGCGCGAGGCCCGCCAGCACGCCCUGGCCCGCCAGCUGCUGCUCUACGAUCGUCCGCUCAAGGUGGAGCCCGUGUACCUGCGCGGUGGCGGCGGCGGCGGGAGCAGCCGGCGAAGCAGCAGCAGCAGCGCGGCCGCCUCCACGCCGCCCCCGGGGCCACCCGCACCCGCCGAUCCGCUCGGCUACCUCCCGCUGCACGGCGGCUACCAGUACAAGCAGCGUUCGCUGUCCCCGGUUGCCGCCCCGCCACUGCGGGAGCCCCGCGCCCGCCACGCCGCUGCAGCCUUUGCCCUGGAUGCUGCCGCCGCCGCUGCCGCCGUAGGACUAUCCCGGGAGCGGGCGCUGGACUACUAUGGGCUGUACGACGACCGCGGGCGACCCUAUGGCUACCCGGCGGUGUGCGAGGAGGACCUGAUGCCUGAGGACGACCAGCGGGCCACGCGCAACCUCUUCAUCGGGAACCUGGACCACAGCGUGUCAGAGGUGGAGCUGCGACGGGCUUUCGAGAAGUACGGCAUCAUUGAGGAGGUGGUCAUCAAGAGACCCGCCCGUGGUCAGGGCGGUGCGUAUGCCUUCCUCAAAUUCCAGAACCUGGACAUGGCCCACAGGGCUAAGGUGGCCAUGUCGGGUCGGGUGAUUGGCCGCAACCCCAUUAAGAUAGGAUAUGGCAAGGCCAACCCCACUACUCGCCUCUGGGUGGGUGGCCUGGGACCUAACACCUCACUGGCGGCUCUGGCCCGGGAGUUUGACCGCUUUGGGAGCAUUCGGACCAUUGAUCAUGUCAAAGGAGAUAGCUUUGCCUACAUCCAGUACGAAAGCUUGGACGCAGCCCAGGCCGCCUGUGCUAAAAUGAGGGGCUUUCCCUUGGGAGGUCCAGACCGCAGGCUGCGGGUGGAUUUUGCCAAAGCAGAGGAGACUCGGUAUCCCCAGCAGUACCAGCCCUCCCCCCUCCCUGUGCAUUACGAGCUGCUCCCAGAUGGAUAUACCAGGCACCGAAACCUGGAUGCCGACCUGCGGGUGAGGGAUAGGACCCCCCCACACCUCCUGUACUCAGACCGAGACCGGACCUUUUUGGAAGGAGACUGGACCAGCCCCAGUAAAAGCUCUGACCGCCGAAACAGCCUCGAGGGCUACAGCCGCUCAGUGCGCAGCCGGAGUGGUGAGCGCUGGGGAGGAGAUGGGGACCGGGGCCUGCCCAAGCCCUGGGAGGACAGGCGGAAGCGCCGGAGCCUUUCCAGUGAUCGUGGGAGGACAACCCACUCCCCUUAUGAGGAACGGAGCAGGACCAAGGGUGCUGGGCAGCUUGUGGACCGAGGCUCUGACCGCACCCCUGAGCGCAGUCGCAAGGAAAACCAUUCCAGUGAAGGGACCAAGGAAUCGAGCAGCAACUCCCUCAGCAACAGCAGACACGGGGCUGAGGAGCGGAGCCACCACCACCAUCACGAGGCUCCAGACUCUUCCCACGGGAAGAAGACACGGGAGAGCGAGCGCAAUCAUCGGACCACUGAGGCUGAGCCCAAGCCUCUUGAAGAGCCAAAACACGAGACCAAAAAGCUCAAGAAUCUUUCAGAGUAUGCCCAGACACUGCAGCUAGGUUGGAAUGGGCUUCUAGUGUUGAAAAAUAGCUGCUUCCCGACAUCUAUGCACAUCCUAGAGGGGGACCAGGGGGUUAUCAGCAGUCUCCUCAAAGACCACACUUCUGGGAGUAAGCUGACCCAGCUGAAGAUUGCCCAGCGCCUUCGACUGGACCAGCCCAAGCUCGAUGAGGUCACACGACGCAUCAAGCAGGGGAGCCCCAAUGGCUACGCAGUGCUCCUAGCCACACAGGCGACCCCCAGUGGGCCUGGCACUGAGGGGAUGCCCACGGUGGAGCCAGGCCUACAGAGGCGGCUUCUCAGGAACCUGGUCUCCUACUUGAAACAGAAGCAGGCUGCAGGGGUGAUCAGCCUGCCAGUGGGUGGGUCCAAGGGCAGAGACAGCACGGGCAUGCUCUAUGCCUUCCCUCCCUGUGACUUUUCACAGCAGUACCUCCAGUCAGCACUGAGGACAUUGGGCAAGCUAGAGGAAGAACACAUGGUGAUAGUUAUAGUAAGAGACACAGCCUAGCCUGAACCUGUCUUUUCCACAAAAGCAGUUAUUUUAAGGUCUGGUCCACUACCCUGGCUGGCACGAGGCAGCGCAGGUGACAGCUGGGAUGUGUUGAGAGAGACAGUUCGUGAGAUGGAGGCGGGGGCUCAGUGCGGACCUCAUGGACAAUACAUGCCUCUCCACAAGGACAGUGAAAGAGGUGACUUUUUGAGACCUUAGAGAUUUAAAAUAAACAGGGCAAGGAAGGCGCCUGGGGAAGUACUGCUCACUAGGCUUCAGCUGGUGCUCGUGAGAGAAAAAGCACGUUCAUAACAAACACAAGAAGUGUCAAAUGUGUUUAUUUGCCUGUUUGUACUUGAGCUUUGGCCACAACUGCCAGGUAUCUGAGCAAAGCAGUGCGAGGCACAGUAGGCCACAGCUACACCAUGCCAGGCAGUUGGAACCACCAGAAGCAGGAAUGGGCCUCAUCUUGUUUAGAGCAGAUGAGGUAGGGACGAAUGCCUGGGACACAGGCCGGAGCCGCCUUGCUGUAUUAAGCCCAAAACUUCUCUGGGCUGUUCCUUCAUAGAGUGGGUGCUCAGGACCCAGAAUACUACGCCUCCUAGUUUUCCCAGACAGAAACCUAGAAAGUCUGGCUGGAGAGGACACUUAAACCCUUGCUUUGUUCACCCUUCUUGAGGGAUAGGUGCUUUCUGGCCCCAAAUUGAACUACAGAGUUUUCCCGCUGUGUGACCAUCCUCCUCUUCCUUGGACCCUCUUCUCAACUCCUUCCUUCCUCUCUUAAGACAGCAGCUUCUGUAACGUCUCUCAGAAAGGCCUUGGCCAGCACUAGCAAGGGUAGGUCAGGUGGUCAAGGCCCUGGUUGAUUUAUGAUGCUGCCCCCAGAGAGAGAACUAUUUAACUGCAGGCAACCUGUGCCUCCACCUGGGAUUCAGGUUCUAUCUGAGGUGUGGCUUAAAGGCAAAAAUCAACCUAAGGCGAAAUUUGCCUCAUUGGUGGUUUGCUACUAUUCUGUGUGUUUCUUCCUAAGUGACUGAGAUCAUGUGCCCUGGCAGAUAAAGAGAGCUGAUGUUUCCUUAGCCUCUUAGGGCACUUCCCUAAGGGUGUGUUGUCAAGUUGAACAGGAAUGUGCUUUCUUAUUGCAGGUCCCCAUCUCCACCCGAGAGACCUGUGGGUGUUCCCAAGAGCUGCUGGCAGAGUUCAGGGAGACGGUGGCUCUGCUGAGUUACUGACUAGAAUACAAUGCGUUUAGUGCUUCUUGACUUUUAACCUGUUUUCUUCUAAUGCACCAGCAGUCAGACUAGUCCACUGGUUAGGUGUUAGCAGUCCAUUUAAGCUGAGGCAUGAAGCAACGUAAGAGCUGAGACCUCUGCUCUCUAGAGGACCAAGAGGUGCCUGUGUGUGACACAGGACCAACCACUUCAGUGUGUGUGAUGAACUGUAUGGUGCUCCGAAGCCCAGCAGGGCUUCACCAGCCCCUGGUGAGUUUUAGCUGUCUUGUCUUGCUUAUUUACUUCACAAAUUUGUCCUCUUAUCUCAGCAAAGGGAGAAAAGUCUCUUUAGCUAUAAAUACCUAUAUGAUAGAAACCGGGCAAGCUCAAAGGAAGGAGACUAGGGUCUCCUAUUUAUUGUGGGUAAGAAGGGGGUGGGGUGGGGUGAAAAAGGUAAAAAAAGGUAAAGGGGUGAAAAAGGUAAAAAAGCACCUGGUACUUUCCCUGGUGGUAGCACAGUUUAACCAUAGGCCAGUUGUAGAGGCCUGUGAAGUACCUGCAAACCCAGCCUGACCAAGCCCUAGCUGCCCCUAAACUGCCAAAACUGAAGAACUGCCCAGGUCUACUGUUGUACUCCCUUCAGAAAACAGUAAUGACAGUCAGUCAGUCACCCAACUACAGGGAUGGCCAAAAUGCUUUCACUCCCUAGCUUUGCCAGCUCAUUGCUCCACAACAUCCCAGAACCCCUAACGUUCUAGCUCCACCAAAUCUACUCUGGAGCUGCCUUCUUGCUUCAGAACCCAGGAUAGAGAGAUGGAGUGGGCAGUGCCCUGAGCACCUCCCUCUGCCCCCUGCCCAGUCCUCCUCGGGGCGAGCAGCAGACCAGGGUUAGAUGCUGUGACUAAGCUGCUUUUCUCCCCAGAGUGCUUUAUUUGGGCAGAACGUGUUCUCCCCCCGUCCUGGGCUGCCUCUCUUGGAAGGCGUCUUUAUUGCCUGGCUAGAGCUACAAGGAAAGGGACAGACCCCACUUCAGUAAAAGAGAACAGGGAAAGGCCAUAAACAAAGAAAGACAGACUUGUAGUUUAUUUUGUAUUUUUUUUAAAUAAAUACACUUUACAUUAAAGAAAAA